CGGCAGCGACGAACGCAGCCCCCGCGCCUCUUCCCUCUGCCGUCCUCGCUCCCUCUGGAAGGACGUGGCUGUUAUAUGAAGACCCUGUGUGGACAGUAAUGACCGCACGUUUCCGAUUGCCUGCUGGCAGAACCUACAAUGUACGAGCAUCUGAGCUGGCACGAGACAGGCAGCAUACGGAGGUGGUCUGCAACAUUCUUCUCCUGGAUAACACUGUACAAGCUUUCAGAGUUAAUAAACAUGAUCAGGGACAAGUUCUAUUGGAUGUAGUCUUCAAGCAUCUCGAUUUGACAGAAAGAGAUUACUUUGGUUUACAGUUAGCUGAUGAAUCUACUGAUAACCCUAGGUGGUUAGAUGCAAACAAGCCAAUCAGGAAACAAUUAAAAAGAGGAUCUCCUCACAGCUUGAACUUCAGAGUUAAGUUUUUUGUAAGUGACCCAAACAAGCUUCAAGAAGAGUACACAAGGUACCAGUAUUUUUUGCAAAUUAAACAGGACAUUCUUACUGGAAGAUUGCCCUGUCCUUAUAAUACUGCUGCUCUUCUGGCUUCCUACGCUGUUCAAUCACAUUUUGCUGAAUUGGAUACGGAAAAAAAUACUGCCGAGCUGGGAGACUACAACCAUUCAGAAAACUUGCCAGGCUACCUCUCAGACUAUUCUUUCAUCCCUAGCCAGCCUCAAGACUUUGAAAAAGAAAUAGCAAAAUUACAUCAGCAGCACAUAGGGCUGUCUCCUGCAGAAGCAGAGUUCAAUUAUCUCAAUACAGCACGUACCUUAGAACUUUAUGGAGUUGAAUUGCACUAUGCAAGGGAUCAGAGUAACAAUGAAAUAAUGAUUGGAGUGAUGUCAGGUGGAAUACUAAUUUUUAAGAACAGAGUACGAAUUAACACCUUUCUGUGGUUGAAGAUUGUAAAAAUUUCUUUUAAGUGCAAACAGUUUUUUAUUCAACUUAGAAAAGAAUUGCACGAAUCUAGAGAAACAUUACUGGGAUUCAAUAUGGUGAAUUACCGGGCAUGUAAGAAUUUGUGGAAAGCUUGUGUCGAACACCACACGUUCUUCCGUUUGGACAGACCGCUCCCUCCUCAGAAGAACUUUUUUGCACAUUAUUUCACUUUGGGUUCCAAGUUCCGGUACUGUGGGAGAACAGAGGUCCAGUCUGUGCAGUAUGGUAAAGAAAGAGCAAACAAAGACAGGGUAUUUGCAAGAUCCCCCAGCAAACCCUUGGCACGGAAAGUAAUGAGUGGGAUGGACUGGGAAGUAGUGAGCAGGAACUCACUGUCUGAUGAUAGGUUGGAAACACAGAGCCUACCGUCACGGUCUCCACCUGGAACACCAAAUCAUCGCAACUCUGCCUUCACUCAAGAAGGAGCCCGCUUACGACCCUCAUCAGUUGGACAUCUAGUGGAUCACGUAGUUCACACUUCCCCAAGUGAAGUAUUUGUAAAUCACAGGUCUCCCUCUUCCACCCAGGCCAAUAGCAUCAUCCUGGAAUCAUCACCAUCUCAAGAGACUCCCAUGGAUGGGCAGCCUCCUGCGUUACCACCCAAACAAUUUAAAAAGAACAGUUGGAACCAAAUUCAUCAUUCACACUCACAGCAAGAACUGGAUAACCAUAUUAAUGAAACAUUUGAUGUUCCUGCAUCACCUGAAAAAUCCACACCCAACGGUGGUGUCCCUCAUGACAAUCUUGUUAUGAUCAGAAUGAAACCAGAUGAAAAUGGAAGGUUUGGCUUCAAUGUAAAGGGUGGAUAUGAUCAGAAGAUGCCAGUAAUAGUGUCCAGGGUAGCUCCAGGAACACCUGCUGAUCUGUGUGUCCCUCGUUUGAAUGAAGGGGACCAAGUUGUACUGAUUAAUGGCAGGGAUAUAGCAGAGCAUACCCACGAUCAAGUUGUCAUGUUUAUUAAAGCUAGCUGUGAGAGACACUCAGGGGAACUUGUGCUCCUAGUUCGACCCAAUGCUGUCUAUGAUGUUGUGGAAGAGAAGCUGGAGAGUGAGCCUGACUUCCAGUACAUCCCUGAGAAAUCUCCACUUGAUGGUGUCCAUCAAGAUGAUAAUGCUCUGAGGGAGUCCAUGAUUCAGCUAGCAGAGGGGCUUAUCACUGGAACUGUUUUGGCUCAAUUUGAUCAAUUGUAUAGGAAAAAGCCUGGAAUGACAAUGUCUUGUGCCAGAUUACCUCAAAACAUUUCCAAAAAUAGAUACAGAGACAUUUCGCCUUAUGAUGCUACACGGGUUAUUUUAAAAAGUAAUGAUGAUUACAUCAAUGCAAAUUAUAUAAAUAUGGAAAUCCCUUCUUCCACAAUAAUAAACCAGUACAUUGCUUGCCAAGGUCCAUUACCGAACACUUGUCCUGAUUUUUGGCAGAUGACUUGGGAGCAAGGCUCAUCUAUGGUUGUAAUGUUAACAACUCAAGUUGAACGGGGCAGAGUUAAAUGCCAUCAGUACUGGCCAGAACCGUCAGGAAGCUCAUCCUAUGGAAAUUUCCAGAUUACCUGCCAUUCAGAAGAAGGAAACCCUGCUUAUGUCUUUCGAGAAAUGACAUUGACUAAUCUAGAGAAAGAAGAAAGCCGACAACUUACCCAAAUCCAAUACAUAGCAUGGCCUGAUCAUGGGGUUCCAGAUGAUUCCAGUGAUUUCCUAGAUUUUGUGUGUCUCGUGCGAAAAAAGAGGGCUGGCAGAGAGGAACCUGUUGUUGUUCACUGCAGUGCUGGGAUUGGACGGACAGGAGUUCUUAUUACUAUGGAGACAGCUAUGUGUCUCAUUGAGUGCAAUCAGCCUGUUUAUCCGUUGGACAUCGUAAGAACCAUGAGAGAUCAAAGAGCUAUGAUGAUCCAAACACCUAGUCAAUAUAGAUUUGUAUGUGAAGCUAUUUUGAAGGUGUACGAAGAAGGAUUUAUUAAACCUUUACAAACAUCACUGCAUAAGUGAAGAGCAAAAAAACCUAGAAUAUCAAUUGAGGAACUCUGUCCUCUAUAAUGAACUGGCAGCAUUCUUUGUGCCAUAGUACUGCUUGCAGAAAAUGAUAGUGAAGUACAGCAAAGAAUUGACAAAGGACUUUGAAAACUUCAGCACUGUUGCACUUUACGUUGAAACAAAAUCAGUCUCUGAAACUCUUCUAACCUUCAUCUGUUUGAAGACUUUUAUUUUCAUGCUUUGCUCCGAACAAACCAUAAACUGAAAGAACUAAUUGUGUUCAGGGUAAUCGACAAUAUUUCGUUGUAGUGCCAUAUAUUGCGCUUCUGGUUGAAUUGCUACAAACAAGGCUUGGAAUUAUUUCACUCCGUUUUACACCCAUGUCUCUUAAAAUGAAGAAAAAAAAAAAGGAAAAAAUACACUAAGCCAUGGUCUUUUUCCAGUGCUAGGUUUAUUUACUAUGUACAGACUCUCACUGUUUUGUUUUCUACAACAUUAGCAAUAUUGCCAAUACUAGAUAGAUACACACUGCCUACCAAUGCAGCACACUUUGUCCUACACCCUUACUAGAGACCAGCUGGUUGUUAGAGGAAAGCUGGCAUCUGUGUUAACCCAGCAGUAGCUGCAUAGUGCCCACUUACCAGCAUCUUGUACAAAAUAACAACAGUAACAAUAAAAACUUCAAAAAAUAAUAAACAGCAUUUCUGUGACACAGCUUGUGUGUCAUACACUGGUGUAUUCUGAUUCAUGUGACUUAAGAGUACGUGAUGGGAACUAGUGCAUGCAUUGUGUCUUAACCCCUUAAGUGCCUUGAGACUUAGAGCGUACAUCCAGUGAAAGGCACUCAUGAUUCUCUGGGGGUGGUAUUGUUCUGUCAUAUUUAUCUUAAUGGGUUCAGAUUUUUUAAACGGCCCUUGGUGCUUGGAAUGUGUUACCACAGGGGGUCAUGGAAAUACCAUUCCCUCUUUCUUGAUACAAGUACCUGUGUGCUGCUCUCAAUAGCAAAAGCACCUCUGCCAACUUAAUGAAUGAGCAUUGUAUGCUGCUGUGUUGUAAUCUUGUGAAAAAUCUGACACAUUCCUUCAUUCCUUCCAAAUAGAAACUUACUAGCAGCUUAUGAAAUGCUGGUAGGUCAUUAGAAGCUGAUACUUCGUUUUAUCCUUUUACUGAGAAUAGCUGUCUUACCCGAUUAGAGCAUAACUUUUUAAUAGCACUGAUAAUUAAGUUGAACUUGCAAUUAGAUGUGAUUUAAUUCCAUUUUCUGCUAACCAAUUACUUUUUCAAAUCCUCAUAGUUGAUUUCAAGCCAUGUUCGUACAGGUUUGCCUUUUUUUUUUCAAUUGUUUGGGUGGGAGGGAGAACACUAUGAAGUUGUCCUAAAACUUUGUUUUAAUUCUAUAAUGACCCCAGCCACCUUCUGUUAUGCUUGUGCAAAAUUGUUCCAGUUGGUAUGGGUUGUUUCUAAUUUAGUAGGUAGAAGUUUUGUAAGAAGUGUCUCUCUUAACAGUGUCUGAGCUCAUUCUAAAGAUACACACAUGUCCCAGUUUUUAAACAUUUUUUCCAGUGCAGGAGAAACCACGUUAGAAGCAAAGUAUCCUGUGUAAUAUACUGUAAGAAACAAAUCAGUCACAUCUUUGACUGCCCUGUGACAACUUUAUGCCCUCUAUUUAAAAAGUUUUAAUUUAUUGUAUUGGUUUCCUGAAUAUGUUUAUCCAAUAAAUUGUGUUGUAAGGUGUAUGGAGCAUAGAAUUAAAAUGGAAAGUUCUAUGCUAAAUAAUUUUUAACUAUGGAAGAAUUACAUAAUAUACUGUGUUUUAUGGACAUUUGAAAGAGAUCAUCUAUGAACUAUUAAGUGAAAAGGAGUUCAGGCAAAGUGAAAUCCUGGCUUAAGACUUAGUAAUAAACAUGAACCACAAUGCCAAAUGGAAGACAGAGUUUUAAAUAUUUUUAGAAAAUAAAAUAACACUAGGUGGCCUGUGGCCCUGUUACUUAUAUUUCUAGAUUUGAUGCUUAAAUCAAUAUUAUCCUCAAAAAUGAAUCUUGCAAGAAUCUCUGGAUCUGAUACACUGAAAAAGAGUAAUAAAGUAGCUUUAAUCUCAGUUUUAUUUUAAGCCAUUUGCAACAAAAGAAAAUUCUUUAGGAAAGUAUAAGCUUUAACUUACAUAUUACAAGAUUGUUAGCUGAGAUGCUGACUAGCUGACAGGCUAUUUUAAACUCAGCACUUAGAACAAUUCGGCCAUUAUAUUGGAAUAAACUUUCUUCAUAGUUAAGUCGUAAAUGAAAAUAGCAUUUGUCCUUUUUUAUUUAGGGAAAUCAGAAAUGGAGUUUAUAGCAACAUUAUAUAGUGUUGGGUAUGUCACAUAUUUAAAUAUUCUUAUGUAAAGUUGCCAAAGCAGUUUGAAUUCAGAAGACCCAUUUAUACCACAAUUAAGUGUGGGAUAGUUACUGUUUGUCUGUCAUUACUGUUUUUAUGACAAACACAGGUUAAAAAUAACAGGUCUUUUUUUAAAUCUUCCUCUGCUACUGACUUAAGCUGAUGUGUAGUGUAUUAACUAGUUGCACGGGAGGGGGGAGGGUGGGAAAUGGAAACAAAGUAACUAUUCUUAGAUAAUUGGCCAUCAGCGACUCAGUGGCUUUUUGGCUUUUCUAAAGCCAGGAUAGUGGUAACCAAAAACUGAUUGGCAAAUAGAGCAGUAUUGCAGCCUUUCUGCACCAUAAAUCAUUUGUUCAGAUGUUUCUACCUGUUGUGGUAUAAAUGGCCUUCAAAAUUUUUUAUAUGGCCAAAAAGAAGCAAAACUGCUAAAUAUUUGGGUUAUGAAGAUCUGUAUCAUCCUUCAGAGCUUUUUAAAAAAGGUUUUGUAUGUUUCAUGCUGUACAAAACAUGAAUGUAUCUUUCAGGCAUAAUGACUUAUAGGUCUAUAAGUGAUUUGUGUUAAGACUGUUGGAUUUUAUGAAUAACUAUUUUCAUACCAUUUGAUUAGGAAAAAUGUUGGGUGGGUGUGGGAAAGAGUAUGUAUGUAACAUUUCCAUGAUACAAAUCCAGUUUAAAAAUAAUUCCUUGUAAAUAAGAGCAAUAUUUGACAAUUUUGUGCCAAUGUAGAAUUCUAAGAUUCUUGUUUUCCUUUUAGAUUUGAAUUGAAAACUGCUACUAUCAUCUCUUGCUUAAAGUGGAUUUAAAGGUGAUUUUAAUAGAAAGAUGUGAGGCUCUAGUUUGGGCUUGAGUGUUUUGGGGGCAUUUUUUGUUUUUGCUAAAUAUGAAAUAAGGUGCAGGUAUUGUUUAAUAAACCCCCUGCAGAUUGUCAGCCAAUCCACUCAGAGAAAUACUGUGUUAGAUAUACCAGUUAACUGAGAGCUGAAGGAUUUGUUUCUUCUGCAUUUGGAAGCAUUUGGUAUUUUAAGGAAUUUGUAAGUCUUAAGCACUAGAAUACUGAUUUUAGACAUUUUAUUUUUAUAUAUUCCCUCCCAGUUAUGAAAAAGAGAAACAUUAUUUUUUUCUUGGUACAUAUAAUGCUAGCUGAUGUUUCUUCUACAUUUUUCUGUUACAUUUGGAAAGCUUAUGUCCCAUAUAGAUAAAGCAGGCACGCUUGUAGAAUAUCUGAUUGCAGUCUAGCACAGCAUCUUUUAGAGAAAGAGUGAGAAAGAAGUUGGGAGACAAAGGAACAUGAGGGAUUUGUUACGGAACCAGUGUAGCCAGCAGCUUUCCCCAUAGGCCUUCCAAAAAGCUUUGUGGAUAGCUGUGGAAGGGCCAGAACGCAUUGCUGCAGUUGCACUGCCUAGGGCGGUGGGAAGUAAGGGAUAUAUGGCAUAGAGGUGCUGGGGCUCCAGGUAUGCUGUGAGCUGAACUAAGUGGUAUUUUUUAUGCUUAUGCAGUGUGCGUGCAGGUGUGUGGGUGAUGUUUGAUGGCUCAGGGAAUUAAUGUGAGUGUGGUAAAACUCUGAUAGAUCCACUGAUAUCCAAGCAAAAGCAAGUUGUCCAAUAUGUGUGCUGUUGUUUUGGCUGUGGAGCAGUCAACCUCUGCCUAUGGAAGAAGUCAUCAAAACUCUCAGGCUUGAGGAUAAAGGGAGGAUUAGAUUAUGGUGCAAACUUUUGCAUGUUUGGACUUCCAUGAAGUGCAGGAAUGGUGCCCUCUAAUGUGAGAUAAAAAAAGAGUUACAAAUGACAACUCAGGUCCCAGGGUGACUGGGUAUAUUUGCUAAUUUAAGUACCCAUCUUUUGUCUUGAGCUCAUUUCCAAUGGUGUUUCUAGUGCUAUGAUAUAAUAUCAAAGUCUGGUAAACAUACAUUCAUUGACUAGGUGAGGAUCAAAAAUACAUUCCUUAAGUGAGGGUUUAUUUUGUUUUGGUUUUUUGUUUAGCAGUAUACAAAUGGUUAUCACUGUAUUUUACCUCUGUGAUACUGUGAAUGUGCAUCUCUUCAAUUCAUAGCACUUACCCAGCUACAAGUUUUUAACUGGGGCAUAAGCAGUAAGCUCUGGCAGUUGGCUCUGAUAUGUUUUGCUCAUUGAGAACGUGGUGGCAGAAAUUUGAAAGAAAUCACUUUGUAAAAAAUGCUGAAAUGUGCUGUUAGAUUUCAUUCCUAUUAAAAACAAAGCACCACAAAAAUUGUCAUUCUAGCCUGCUACAGCAUGAACCAUGAAACAAUUUCCAUGAACUGGCUGACAGUGUAUUGGUUGUAUUAUUUCAUAUUUAGCAAGCUUACAGUUUUUUAAAGGGUGAUUUUUUUUCUCAAAGUUUUUUGAUGUUUGAAUAGUAGCACUUUAUCUCAUGCUUACUACUGACUGAACUAUCAGAUAAAAUAAAGUGAGUUUGGAGAGAGAUACUUAAUGGAAUUUCUAUACAGAGAUUAAUUCAGAUUACACCCUGGUACGAAUGCUUCCUAUUGUUCCAACCAUUUUCUGUUUAUCGUGCCUCUGUUUCUGAGGGACUUCAGAAAAUAGGCAUUAAUAAUUCUACCAUUUAAAUUUCCCUGUCAAAAUUAAUAUAAAACUUGCAUUUGGAAAAGACAAUUACAGGGGAAAAAAUUUCAAAUAGAAACUUCAGGGUACUUGUGCAUUUAUCUCUUUGAUCUCUCUAAGCUAGCUGCAAAUCAGCUAUGUUUACCAUAAAUGUUUCUGCUAAGCAUUAUUUUUAACAUUAGAUGAAUUACCUGGAAAUCAGUUGGGUUUUUUAGGGGGGGUUGUGGUGUUUUUCUUUUUCCUUGUUCAUGGGUUGUUUCUUUUCUGUUUGGGGGGUUUUUAACUUAUUUUCUUUCCAUAAAGAUAAUGCACAGCAAAGUUUAAAGUUGUCACCCUUUUACUCUUAAGCCAGGGGCCUAAGACAUGAGUGAAAGGGUUCUAAACAGUUUACAUUAAGCUGUUGUUUUCUUUAACAAGAAUAUAUCCACAGAGACUAGACUAUAAAUGAUUCAGUGCAAUUAUCUCAGUUCAUUGUGGCACCACAGUAAAAAUUUGUCAUAACCUUACAGGAGAGCUAAGGUAAGAAAGCAAAUGUUUUAUUUUACCAGUGUAUCCGGAUUUGAUUUCCAUGGGGUUUGUUUACCAGUGAUCCAAUUUUAACCAGUCAAUUUGGCAGGGCUGUUUGCGUGUAAGAGUUGGAUUUUUUUUCCUGUAACAGGUGCUAUACAAUGUGUAAAUACAAAGGGAAGAAUAUUAUUUAGAUCACUAUUAACAAUCAGAUGGUGGCAAUAUUAUUUGCUAGUUUCUUCUGAUAAUUCAUUUGCAUUUCCAAAUGUGGCUUUCAGUUGUCAAAUUUCAUCUCAGUUUCAUACCGCUGAAUGAUGGACUGCACGUAUGAAAUAAAUCAUCUCGGAUUGAAUAUCUCUUUUGUUGUGUAGACUAACUCUUGUGUAUUAAUGUCGGGGGGAAUGGGAAGGUUCUUCUCGUAAGUAGACUUUUGCCUAUAAAUUUGUUUAAAAGCACAUGAGAGUGAGAAAAAGGAAGAAAAAACUAAAUGCAACAUCUUGGCUAAAGAGCUGGGGUGGUUGAAAACGAUGGAAACUUGAAAUUGGUCAACACUGGACAACGUGAGAAUAAAUUCAGCUUUUGUCACUGCAGCUACUGUAUGCUUUAAAGGGCCUUAUGUACUUGUCCUCAUUUUGAUAAAAUGAAAUUUCUUGCCAUUAAAAUGAUACACUAACUUCUACAGAAAACCAGCAGUUCCCAGGAUAAAUAUGCUAAUUAACAUUUAACAAGUCUUGUUUUAGUCUUAAGUAAAAUUUCAUUCUAUUAUGUGAAAAAAUGCUGUUAUGCAUAUUUUGUGGAUAUAUUUAAUUUCAGUUGACAAAUAGUUGUCUAGGUACAGACUUGAAAAUAUAUAUAUAGUUUACUUGUGGAUCUUAAUUGUUUAAUUGCAAAAUAAAGAUGUGCUUUAGUAAUUUAAA